GACAACGGCAUUCCUCAUCCAUCGUACAUUACAAAUUCGACGUAUGAUGGAAACAGCACUCGUAGUCCUUUGUGUUAGGAAGUAACAAAAAUCAUGCACCUGGAAAUACAACACAAAAUAUGCUACAAAAACAGAGUUGAUAUUAAUAUUCCUAUGCUUAUAAUAUUGGUGGAUAAUCGCCACAAAUAAUACAUAUUCAAAUUCACAACAAAAGUCAAAAUCGCACAAUGCAACCGGCAAAUAAUAAGGUAAAUAUGGAUAGCGAUAUGCCCACAACACCAACGCCAGCCGUUCGGUCAACUAUCUACGUGACACGCCCCGGGCCCACUCCAGCUUCUCGAAACCCUGCGGCCAUAGCGCCACUAACUGUUGCCCAUGCAUCACGCGGAACCCGACGCCGGUGCCAGCAGAUCCGCAGCGCACCCGAUGCCCACUUUGUCGGCGCCCACACCGGUUGCCACACUGCAGCAUCUUCAAGAAGAUUCUACCGCCGCUACGACAACAGGUCGCCCAGGCACAUGGCCACUGCCUGAAUUGCUUGGUGACUACCCACUCCACGCCGGAGUAUACUUCCAGCUCUGGGUGCCAAAUAUGCAUGCGAACGCAUCACACCCUACUUCAUCGAUAUGGCGGACAAACACCUGCCCCCACGACCGUGGUUCGAACCGUCGCCCGCAGGCGAACCAUGUUGCACGAAGGCAACCACGACAUUUUCGUAGUCGACGCCCAACAUAUGGCACAUUCACGCGCUGCCGUCCUCACAGGUCGCCGUCCCGCCGGUCCACUGGGCUCAGCAAUGUGGUGGCUACUUUACAGCAACUGCAAAGACUACUAGGCUAAUUACUCACCUAGGGUACCCGGGAUGUCUAAAUGAGUCUUAGCUCCCUCAACCAAACACACUACAACACCACAUUUUUACUCCACCACACAACACUGACACGGCGCAUUCACCACACUCCCCACAUCAUCACAACACCACUCAACAUCCACAUCACUAUACCACGCCUACACCACAUAUGAGAACACCACCCCAAAAGGAACAAAAAAGAAGGAGGAGCGAUCGCGCUGAUUGCCUUUUUUGCCUUGUUAGGUCAAGGCAAAAUCGCUUACAGACAGUCUGUCGCCGAGUUUCGUUAAAGACACAUCCUGCCGUCCGUGGUCGCAAUUUAUUCGCAAUACACCUAGAGUUUUUUAUACUUACCCGUUCUAUACUUACCAUUGUCAUAUACUUACCUUUGUUAUAUACUUACCUUUUUUAUACCUUAUCACCCGUGAAAUAAACCGAGUUUGUAAACUUAUAAAACUUUCGGUUAUUAAUCACAAGGUGAGUACGGUGAAAAGAAAUACACCCGCUAUUUUCGGUUAUUUAUAGCAAAAUCCCAAAUGAGAGUUUAAUAACAAUACUAGAUUUAUGCACUUUUUGCGAAGAGUGGUUUCUUUAAAAUAUAAAGUAAAAUUUUAAUUUUUACAACAUAAAUGAUGAUAAUAAUUACCUUUCUGAACCUUGCGGACAAUGUUCUAGUCUUAACAUCAGGCUCUUGCUGUGGUAUUCCCAUUGAACUAACUUCGGUGAAUACAUGUCCUUGUAAAGCAAUACAACAAUGUUAUGAUUCCUUAAUAUAAGGUGAAAAUUAAUCAAAAAUGUCCUCCUAAUUAAACGUACAAGAAGAUUUAAAAUUUUUACGAUUACAAACACUCACUUAAAUUUACCGUCUGAUUUUAAUGUUUUAGCUGCUAAUGGUACAGUCAACUGAGCUGCCGGUAAGUCCAAAAAUAGUGUAUCUACUUUGCCCUCUAGCUCAUUGCCAAAACCCAGUCGCGAUGAUAAACGGUUACAAACGCAACUAAACCAUGUCGUUCAAAUUCUUCACGUGCUUGUUGCACUAGCGCUUCGUGGAAGUCAAAUCUAUGUAGAUGACUAAAUGGUUGCACGUAAAAAAUGUGACAUUCAACCUAAUAUCUGGUGUGCAAUUCUGGAUUUGCUUGCAGCACCUACCGCCAUCCCCUCGAGAGUUCAACGCAGCUACCAUAAGAACACCAAUUAGGUUGCGUACCAUUAACGCGCCGCACGAGGUUUGAAAUAUCAGUAUGGAAAAUUAAUUACAAUUUAAGUCAAGAUAAUAUUAUUCUAUUCUAAAAUUUACAAUCAUAUUUUUCGUUUUACUUAUUUAAAAAUGUUUGUUUCAAUAAUUUAAUCUUUAAUUAGGCUGCAGAUCACUGAUGUAAAGAAAACAAGCAAAAUAAUACUUCACAACCAACCAUGAUAUAGCUCAAAACAAAACUUGUUCAAACACACGAGAACUUCGGUUGCUUCUUUCUCUCAUUCUGGGUGCUGUACGAGAGAAGGGUUGAUUUAAGUGUGUAUACACAUUUUACCUAUUUUUUAACGGGAUGGAAAAUCAUCGAAAGACACUGUUGCCCUUUCAAUAGUAGUGUGGGGCUUUAACCCAAUAGAAACCGUCUCACAUAAAAGCUCUUAGCUGUUGGUAAAAAUUGCUCUGCGGAACUACCAUUAGGUAUUACAUCGCAGGGGCAGCUAAGCCUAUUGGCUUCAACAUCUCAGGGGUUUGUUCUCGGUUUACGGAUAUUUGCUAGUCUUCCCUGCUCGACAAGGAACUUCGCGGUCCAAUAUUUUACGUAAUACCACACUUGCUCUGAUCGCAGCAUGUGUAGAAUUAUAUUUUCGGGCAUUAUUCUCUCCAAAGUUUGUUCUUCCAAACAUUUUCUAUCAGCCUCAUACUUUGGGCAAUAGAAUAAUACGUGUUCAGCAUUUUCUUUGACACUGCCACAAAAUGAGCACAUUUCUCCGUCAUCGGGGCCAUAUUUAUAAAGAUAUUCUCUAAAGCAGCCGUGACCACUUAGGAAUUGCGUCAUGUAGAAGUCUACUUCACCUUGCUUUCUACUAACCCAGGUUUCAACAUUGUUGAUCAACCUUGAUAUUUUUCCUUCUCCCGUAUACUUUCUUGUACUCCAAAGCCAUUAUAUCAGGUGGCAUUAUACCUAAUAAGACUGCUGCGGCUUCAUGAGACACUGUCCGGAAAGCACUGGCAACUCUAAAUGCACUGAGCCGGAAUAGGGAUUUCACCGGUUUCACGUCUUCAGCAUUAAUGCGUUGGGCCAUACUGGUGCUGCAUACAUAACAAUCGAUUUGGUGACUUUGGCCAACAGUAGUCUUCUGAUCUGGCUAGGCCCGCCUAUGUUGGCCAUUAUUCGCGUUAAUGCACGGUUUACUCGCGCUUUUUCACAGACUUUUUCUAUAUGUGUUUUAGAAUUUAAUCUUGCAUCUAUCAUUACGCCAAAAUAUUUUAAACAUGACUGCGUCGUAAUAUUAUAACCGUCAAUGUUCAAUGUGCUGACUUCCGUUUUCUUUCUACUGGUAAUUAACACUGCUACCGUUUUCUGUCCUGCCAAAUGGAGCUUCGCGGUUGUUAAUCGCUCUUUUAUCCCCAGUGCAGCACCACCACUCUCUUCAUAUCUCUUUACACCUUCAUCAGUGUCAUACAACAGUACUCUACCGGACAGAUACCUUCUAAUGAUACGCAAGAGGUAUGAUGGCGUUUUAAGCAUGCAGAAUUUAAUGCAUUUUUAACAUCCAAUGUAACAACUGCACAACAUUUUUUGGAACCAUACAACCCUCAACUGCCCUCAAUUACUUUAUUUGCUAUUUCAUUCAGUUUUCUUAUUGCGUCGUAUUGCAUAUCAGACAGGCCCUCUACUUCCUCAGAAGUUUUUCUAUGCGAUCGCAUAUUAAGCGUUCGAAGAUUUGGCCAAUAGUGUCAAUCAUACAGAGUGGCCUGUACGAACUUUGGUCCCCUGGUGCCUUGUUUGUUUUGAUGGCACUACCCAUCGCUGCUUUUUCCAUAUGUUUGGCAAGUUGUCAACUCUGAGACAUUUAUUGAAACAUUCUGUGAACGAUUCAGUUUUAUGUUGUACGGCAAUUUUCAAGGCCCUAUUUAGUAUGCCAUCCAAGCCAGGUGCUUUUGCAUUUCCAAAACGUUCCGCUGCUUGUACUACCUCGGUAUCAUUGACCGAAUUCUCCCUCUGAGUUCGCAUGUUGUGGAGGAAACAACGUUUCUACUACAUCUUCCAGUAGUACAGGAAAGGUCGGAAUUUGUCAUUUAUAAUAUCUAACUUUAGUCAUUAUUGUUUUGUACGCACCAGCUCAUGGGUUUUCAUCCGCUUUGUCACAGAGCUCCUUGAAGCAUAAUUAUUUACAUUUUUUGAUUGCGGGUUAGAGUUCUGCAUGCAUUUUUUUUAAAUCCACGUAGUCGCUCAUUUUCCUCAGUACCUCUGCUCCUUUGAUAUUGACGUCUGGAUUCGUUGCAGCUUUUUCUCAAAUCUGCUUUCGGUAUUCCACCAGUAUACCAAUUUCCGACGGGGGUUGUCCUUUUUUCUUAUCAUGGCAGCAUCACAAGCUCUGCUAAUAUGAUCUACCAGUAGUUUCGCAUAUCUAUUCGCAUCAUCUGAGGUAUUUAACAAUCAUAAACCUAAACCGCUUUUAUGGCCCCCAUUCUUCUAUCUUUGAAUUUAUCUAUGUUGCCAACAUCCAUAAUUAUGGCUUGGUGGUCACAAUGUGUGUAUAUAUCACAUUUAGCCACUUCGUCUUGCCUGCUAGCGACCUACUUACAUACAUAUGCGAUGUCAAUUAUGGAGCCAUAUCCAUUCUUCUCAAAAGUUUUCUUGGUUCCCGUGAUAAGAAGUACCUCGUCAAGGAUUUUUUAUUUUGUUUUUUAUUAAAAUUGUACCUAGUAUACAAUGAUCAAAUACCAACAACAAUUCAAUUCUAAUAAGUUAAAAAUAAUAAUUAAAAGCUAAAUGUUAGAGGAAUUCAUUUGCUGCUACAGUUGCCUUGCUAAGGCCUCUUACGUUUCAGUCGGUUUUCUCGUUCAGCAGUUCCGAUGAGUCUGGAUGCUUCUUCAUUUACAUGCUGUAUAAGCCUCAUUUUGUGAGUCUUUGCAAGUUUGGUUAUUUCGUUUACUACUGAAUUCACACCAAGAUCACGGUGAAGGUGAGCAGAUCUAACAUACCAUAAGUUAAAAAUAAUAAUUAAAAGCUAAAUGUUAGAGAAAUCUAUUUGCUGUUACAGUUGCCUUGCUAAGUCUGAAGACCUCUUACUUUCAGUCAGUUUUCUCGUUCAGCGGUACCGAUGAGUCUGGAUGCCUCUUCAUUUACAUGCUGUAUAAGCCUCAUUUCAUGAGUCUUUGCAAGUUUGGUUAUUUCGUUUAAUUUCGCAUUAACUAUACUUCUUAGUACAUUAUUUUGGAAGCGCUGAAUGCGGGCAAUACAGUUUCGACUUGAGCAACCCCAUAGUUGAGCUCCAUUGGCUUUAGUACUUGAUUAUACAUAAACAGCUUGCUUGCGAUUGAAAGCGUGGAUCUCCUACCGACCAGAUGGUACAACUUGGCAAAUUUUAAAUCCAGCUCACAUCUUUUUUUCUUGACAUGCUCUUUCCAGCGAAACUUAGCAUCUAGGGUGAUUCCUAGGUACUUAGCAAUAUUGUGAAGUGCUGAACACAAAGACGACGACACGACACGACGUAGCGACGGCUAAUCACAAAUUUCGCUUUGAAUCAAGCGUCUUGAAUAUUUUGAAGACGACAGCGACAUAUCAAACAGCAAUUUCAUUGUUGCCGUACUAAAUCUUUCACUUCAAUAAAAUUUACAUAUUUAGUUUAAAGUGAAAUUAUAUGUGCAAAAAAUGUAAAAAUGGUCGAUUUGUUUGCUUUAAAUAAUCGAUUGUUAUUAUAAAUGAUAUAUCAAAGCUAUUUUACGUUUCUGCUGGCAAAAUAACGUCAUAUUUGUUAUAACUUUUAAUAAUUUUACAUUUAACAUAUUAGUAGCAACUCUACAGCUGCCCAUUAUCGACGUCAAAAUUAGAAACAUUUUUACUUUAGCGACAACGACAACUACAAGCCUGUUGUCGCGUAGUCGUGCUGUUGUCUAAAAAACUGUGCCCAUAAGAACGCGUGUAUUUUAAUAUUUGACAGAUGUCGCUCGUCGCUUGUCGUUUUCUAUGUGUUCAGCACAUGAUGUGGUAUAGGAGUACCAUUUAUAUAAAUGGGAUGGUAUGAUGUUAUUUUAAAGUAAAGUCUACGUGCAUUGAUUUGGAAUCGUUUAAUUUAAUGCGCCACUUGGAAGCCCAUUUAGUAAUUGCAUUGACUGCUGUUUGCACUAGAAGGGUACAUACUGAAGUUGAUUCUCCUGCUGCUAACAGGGCUGUAUCAUCCUCAAAUGUCGCUGUCACAUACCUUGAGUCAGUGGGGAUAUCACUUGUAACAAGCAAGUAAAUCAUUGGCCCCAACACGCUUACAAGUUUGAGUAUGCAUCAUCUUGUUUUAUGCGAAAGUAUUUAUCUUUUAGGUAGGAAGAAAUUAUUUCGCAAUAUUGUUUGGCUAACAUGCAUUUCAAUUUCAGCAGUAGACCCGAAUGCCAAACUCUAUCAAAAGUCUGAGACACGUCUAAGAAGGCCGCCGAACAAACGUUCUUUUUAUCCAUAGCAUUUUCAACGAAAUUAACGAUUCGGUGUACCUGGUCAAUUGUUGAAUGAUGAUCACGAAAGCCGAACUGAUGUACUGGUAUAAGGUGUUUUCGAUUUUUAUUGAUUUGAGACUCUUUAUGAGAACAUUCUCGAACACUUUCGAUAGAGCUGGCAGCAGCGAUAUUGAUCUAUAAGGUGUGAAAUCAUGUAGUGGUUUACUCGGCUUAGGUAUCAUAAUAACUUCAGAUACUUUCCAAAGCGAUGGAACGUAUCUUAAGUAUAAUGCGCUGUUUACAAUGUUUACAAUUUUUUAUACAAUUCUUUGGUAGAUUGCGUAAUAUUUCUCCGGUUAUUAAAUCAAACCUAGGAGCUUUUUUGAGCCUUGUAGGAACUUAAUAAGACUUAUAAUUUCUUUAUUAGUAACUGGAGAAAUGCUGACGAGUGUAUCCAACCAACUUUUUUCAUAGUUUAGCUCAUGUUCAUCGUUAGGUGUAAAUGUGUUUCUCAAAUGAUUUGCAAAUACUGCAGCUUUUUUGCAUUCGUUUUGGCCCAUUCAGUUCAGUUUAAUUUUAUUGGUGCGACAUAUUUUAUUUGUUUAUUAAUAUUCCUUGCAGCUUUCCAGAGCGAAUAUUCGGUAGUUUUAUCAACAGUGAGUUAGGUAUUUCUUUUGAAGGAAUAUUUUUUAAACUGUCUAAUUUUUGUUUUUUAGUUCCGCUGUACAUCUAUUAAGAUCUAUUUUGAGAGCAGCCGACCUUGUUUGCUGCCAUCUUCGUCAAAGUGACCAAUGAUGUAUUUUGGAAAAUUGUUUCCACAUAGAUUCACGCGGAUAUUAGGUGUACUCUUCCACGCAGCAUUUUGAAUUACUUUUGUGAAAGAUUCAACUUCACAAUCUAAGUCAACAUCUGUCGAUAUGCGCUUCAGCUUAAAUUAGUCUUUAUUCAGUAUAGUCUUAAAUUUAUACCAAUCAGUACGUUUAUUAGAUAAAGAAGACGUGCCGGACGAAAUUACUGGUUUUUCACAUUGGAUUAGUAACACUGGUGAAUGAUCAGAGCUUAAAGCUGAGCUAUAUUCAAUACGUAAAUUGAUUUUCGAUACUUUGUUGAUGACAAAAAAGUCAAGAAUAUCUGGUAAUUUCCUACUAUCUGCAGGCCAAUAAGUGGGUCUCCCUGUCGAAAUAACAUUGCAUCCAAUAAUAUAUAUCAUAUUUUUUUUAAUAAACUCGUAUAAGUAUCAGUUUUGAUAUUAUGCCUGGGCGGACUAUAUAGAGCAAUUAAGUAUAAUGACUGACUGUGCAUUUUUACUGAAAUUGCUGUAGCUUGAAUUUCAUCAGUCUUAAUCUUAGCUUCUUCGAAAUGUUUUAUGCGCUUCCUCCUCGUGCUGAGUACGGAGUGUGGUAUAAGUCAUAAUUUUUGAAUUUUAAAAAUGAACCCUGUAAGACGAGUAGAGUUCCCUACAAGACUGAGCUAACUCAUACACCACUACACAUGCAAAUUUUUUCAGCUUUUACCAAUACAUACACGUUGCUAACAUUUUGUAGUUAAGUGGCAAUCUCGGUAGUUAGAGUAGUUAGUUCAUUAACCCUAAUUUUUGUAUGUGUAAGAGAGAGAGAUACAAUGAACCGGGAAAAAUUGACGCCAUGGCCGCUAUUCAUUUGAAAAUAAAAUUUUAAGUGAAUGGAUGUAAGUGCGUUUUAAAUAUUUCUUUUAUUUUAUUAAGUGUUUUUGGAUGUUUAUCGAACUUAUGAAAAUGCCAUUAUUUAUGUUACUUUUGUUAUUUGUUUUUAUAAUUAAAAUAAUUUCAUUGUAGUUAUACGUGUGUGCUCAGCAAAGGAGGAGCAAGGAGGUGACGGUGGAAUUGGUGGAGGUUUUUGGAUUUAGAAUUGGUGCAAUAGAUAACAACAACAACAACGCAGAAAACAAUGGAAAAUAACAUGACAUCGCUUACGCGGUUAUUGCCGAGUCCACAACAGGGCGCCACCUGGUCCUUCCAUCGGAGUUGAGGUCUACCUCUUCCUCGGCUUCCACCAGCGGGUACUGCAUCGAACACUAACAGAGCUGGAGCACUUUCGUCCAUUCGAACAACAUGACCUAGCAAGCGUAGCCACUGUCUUUUUAUUCGAUGAACUAUGUCUAUGGGGGAUGGGGUCAUAUGUAGAAGUUCACGCAAGUGAGGAAAGGUUCUGAUUGCCAUUCACUUGGGAGUGGCCAGGAACGAUUCUUUUGCAUAUCAACUCAAGCAGCUCACGACUUCCGGUUUUAGACCAAGUAUCCCCUGGGUAGCUAACAGACAUCCGUUUGGAGGCGAGCUAAAGUGAGAAGGCGAAGCCCGCUUGUGCGGUUGUGCGUAGGGCUUGGGACCCACCACAUAAAAAAAUCUCCCCAAUGAAAACAAACACCGAGCCUCGGAUGAGAAACCCCCCUCUUGAUGACGACCCCGGCAAACGUACUAAGGAUCAUGAUUUGAGGGCAUGCACCUGGAAUGUCCGGACUCUUAAUUGGGAAGGUGCCUCUGCCCAGCUGGUUGAUGUCCUCAUACAACUAAAGGCUGACAUCACCGCCGUCCAAGAAGUGCGAUGGACGGGACAAGGACGGAAGAAGGUGGGUCCCUGUGACAUCUACUACAGCGGCCAUAUAAAGGAGCGCAAAUUCGGUGUUGGAUUUGUGGUGGGAGAGAGACUACGUCGCCGAGUCCUGGCAUUCACCCCGGUGGAUGAACGUCUUUCCACAAUCCGCAUCAAAGCGAGGUUCUUCAACAUAUUGCUGAUUUGCGCCCACGCCCCAACGGAAGAGAAGGACGAUGUGACCAAAGAUGCUUUCUAUGAGCGCCUAGAACGCACCUAUGAGCGCUGCCCCCGCCACGAUGUCAAAAUCGUGCUUGGCGAUUUUAACGCCAGGGUAGGUAAAGAAGGUGUCUUUGGCACAACAGUCGGAAAAUUCAGCCUCCAUGACGAAACAUCGCCAAACGGCCUGAGGCUGAUCGACUUCGCUGGGGCCCGAAAUAUGGUUGUCUGUAGUACCAGAUUCCAGCAUAAAAAAAUUCAUCAAGCAACGUGGCUGUCCCCUGAUCGAAACACGUGCAAUCAAAUCGAUCACGUUGUGAUAGACGGAAGACAUGUCUCCAGUGUUUUAGACGUGCGUACGCUCCGAGGACCAAACAUUGACAUGGACCAUUAUCUAGUAGCAGCAAAGAUACGCACUCGCCUCUAUGCAGCAAAGAACGCCCGUCAACAAACACAAGGAAGGUUCGACGUCGAAAAGCUGCAAUCAGAACCGACAGCCGAACAAUUUUCUACUCGACUUGCACUCCUGCUCUCUGAGAGCACUCAUCAGCAUCUCGAUAUAAGGGAGCUGUGGAACGGCAUCUCAAACUCAUUGCAUACCGCUGCAGCCGAAACAAUUGGUCUCCGUCAACGCCAAAAAACCAGUUGGUACGAUGAGAAUUGUCGUUCCGCAGUGGAGAGAAAACAGACUGCCUACCUCGCAACGUUGCGAUCGACCACAACACGUUCGGGGUGGGAUAGAUAUCGAGAACUGAAGAGGGAAGCGAGACGCAUUUGCAGACGUAAAAAGAAAGAGGCCGAAAUGCGUGAGUAUGAAAAACUGGCCGACAUGGGUAAUGCUCGAAAAUUUUAUGAAAAGAUGAGGCGAUUAACAGAAGGUUUCAAGACCGGAGCAUUAUCAUGUAGGGACCGAGAAGGUAAUCUGGUAACGGAUGUCCAGAGCACACUGGAAUUAUGGAGGGAACACUUCUUCGACCUGCUCAAUGGCAGUGAAAGUACAACACCAGGAGAUGGCGAACCCGAUUCCCCAAUCGAUGACGAUGGAAUAGAUGUUCCAUUACCCGACCAUGAAGAAAUUCGAAUAGCAAUUACCCGCUUGAAGAACAACAAAGCGGCGGGGGCCGAUGGAUUACCGGCCGAGCUAUUCAAAUACGGCGGCGAAGAACUGAUAAGGUGCAUGCAUCAGCUUCUUUGUAGAAUAUGGUCGGAAGAAAGCAUGCCUGACGAUUGGAAUCUGAGUGUGCUCUGCCCAAUCCAUAAGAAGGGAGACCCCACAAUCUGCGCCAACUACCGUGGUAUAAGUCUUCUCAAUAUCGCAUAUAAGGUUUUGUCGAGCGUAUUGUGUGAAAGACUAAAGCCCACCGUCAACGAACUGAUUGGACCUUAUCAGUGUGGCUUUAGACCUGGAAAAUCCACAAUGGACCAGAUAUUCACCAUGCGCCAAAUCUUGGAAAAGACCCGAGAGAGAAGAAUCGAUACUCACCAUCUUUUUACCGAUUUUAAAGCUGCCUUCGAUAGCACGAAAAGGAGCUGCCUUUAUGCCGCGAUGUCUGAAUUUGGUAUCCCUGCAAAACUAAUAUGGCUAUGUAAGCUGACGUUGAGCAACACCAAAAGCUCCGUCAGGAUCGGGAAGGACCUCUCCGAGCCGUUCGAUACCAAACGAGGCUUCAGACAGGGUGACUCACUAUCGUGCGACUUCUUCAAUCUAUUGCUGGAAAAAAUAAUACGAGCUGCAGAACUAAAUAGAGAGGGUACAAUCUUCUACAAGAGUGUACAGCUCCUGGCGUAUGCCGAUGAUAUUGAUAUCAUCGGAAGCAACAACCGCGCCGUUUGUUCUGCGUUUUUCAGACUAGAUAAAGAAGCGAAGCGUAUGGGUCUGGUGGUGAAUGAGGACAAGACGAAAUAUCUCCUGUCAUCAAACAAACAGUCAGCGCACUCGCGUCUUGGCUCCCACGUCACUGUUGACAGUCAUAACAUUGAAGUUGUAGAUAAUUUCGUUUAUCUGGGAACCAGCAUUAACAACAACAACAAUGUCAGCCUUGAAAUCCAACGCAGAAUCACUCUUGCCAACAGGUGCUACUUUGGACUGAGUAGGCAAUUGAAAAGUAAAGUCCUCUCUCGACGAACCAGAAUCAAACUCUACAAGUCGCUCAUUAUUCCCGUCCUGAUGUAUGGCGCUGAAGCGUGGACGAUGACAACAUCCGAUGAGACGACUCUUGGGGUUUUCGAGAGAAAGGUUUUGCGCAAGAUUUAUGGUCCUCUUAACAUUGGCAACGGCGAAUACCGCAGACGAUGGAACGAUGAGCUGUACGAUUUAUACGACGACAUUGACAUAGUUCAGCGAAUAAAAAGACAGCGGCUACGCUGGCUAAGUCAUGUUGUACGGAUGGAAGAAAACACUCCAGUUCUGAAAGUAUUCGAUGCAGUACCCGCUGGAGGAAGCCGCGGAAGAGGACGACCUCCACUCCGGUGGAAAGACCAAGUGCAAAGUGACCUGGCUUCUAGACUUCUAGAGUUUGAUUUUUGUUCGUCGAGAGAGGACUUUACUUUUCAAUUGCGUACUCAGUCCAUAGUAGCACCUGUUGAUGCUGGUGCCCAGGUACGAAAUUAUCUACAACUUCAAAGUUAUGACUGAAAACAAUGACAUGGGAGUCAAGACGCGAAUGCGCUGAAUGUUUGUUUGAUGACAGCAGAUAUUUCGUCUUGUCCUCGUUCACCAUCAGACCCAUACGCUUCGCUUCCUUUUCCAGUCUGGAAAAAACAGAACUAACGGCACGGGUGUUGUUUCCAAUGAUAUCGCAUUCCAGCAGCUGCAUAGAAAAUUGUACUUUCUCUAUUUAGCUUUGCAGCUCGUAUUAUUUUCUCCAGCAUCAGGUUAAAGAAGUCCCACGAUAGUGAGUCACCUUGUCUGAAUCUCGUUUGGUAUCGAACGGCUCGGAGAGGUCCUUCCUCUUUUGACGAGUAUUUUCCAAGAUUUGGCGCAUGGUGAAUAUCUGGUCAGAUGUAGAUUUUCCAGGUUUAAACCCACACUGAUAAGAUCCAAUCAGUUUGCUAAAGGUGGACUUUAGUCUUUCACUCAGUACGCUCGAUAGAACCUUAUAAGCAUGUUGAGAAGGCUUAUCCCACGGUAAUUGGCACAGAUUGUUGGGUCUCCCUUUUUGUGGAUUGGGCAGAGUACACUGAUAUUCGACCAUAUCCCGCAAAGAACAUCUGUUCCAUCGUCACGAUUUAAAUAUAUUAAAAUGAGGUAGAAUGAGUAGGUCGUGAUAAUCCUUGAAAAGUGUGCCAAGACGUGUUUUGGUCACAUCCUCCUUACAGGCGUAAUUCAGAGGGCUCUCUCUAUCUAAACAUCAAAUGCAAACUGUGGCACAGGCCUGUCUGAAGAGAUAUGAGAAACGCAACGAAGUCAAACCCCCCACUUCGUAUGUAUAUAUUUAUUUUCCCAUAGUUACUAAAUGGAACAUUUAUUAAAAUAGAAGUUCCUCUUUUUUUGCUUCCAAAUGAAUCAUAUACUUUUAUGGACUUAAGAAAAUUCCUACUGCUCGAAAGAUACUUCUAUUAAAAAUGCCGAAUAAUUUAUAAAAAUACGAACUCAGCUAUGUUAAUAAGAGAAGAUUGCCGGAGCUAUCGAACAGAGCACGUCCAAUAUCAUUUCCAAUGAAAAUAACGAUUCGGUGUACCUGGUCAAUUGUUGAAUAAUGAUCACGAAAGCCGAACUGAUGUACUGGUAUAAGGUGUUUCCGAACUUUAUUGAUUUGAGCCUCUUUAUGAGAACAUUCUCGAAGACUUUCGAUAGAGCUGGCAGCAGCGAUAUUGUUCUAUAAGGUGUGAAAUCAUGUAGUGGUUUACCCGGCUUAGGUAUCAUAAUAACUUCAGAUACUUUCCAAAGCGAUGGAACGUAUCUUAAGUAUAAUGCGCUGUUUACUAUGUUUAUAAUUUUUUUAUACAAUUCUUUGGUAGAUUGCGUAAUAUUUCUCCGGUUAUUAAACCAAACCCAGGAUCUUUUUUGAGCCUUGUAGGAACGCAAUAAGCCUUUUAAUUUUUUACUAGUAACUGGAGAAAUGCUGACGAGUGGAACCAUCCAACUAUUUUCACAGUUUAGCUCAUGUCUAUCGUUAGAUGUAAAUGUGUUUCUCAAAUGAUUUGCAAAUACUUCAAUUUUAUUGGUGCGACAUGUUUUAUUUAUUUAUUGAUAUUCCUGGGAGCUUUCCAGAGCGAAUAAUCGUUAGUUUUAUCAACAAUGAGUCUGGACAGUUGCGUUUUGUAGGAAUAGUUUUUUUCUAAUAUGUAUUUUGGGAAUUUGUUUCCACUUAGAGUCACGCGAAUAUUCGGUGUACUGUUCCAUGCAGCAUUUUAAAUUACUUUUGUGAAAAAUUCAACCUCACAACUUCACGCUUUAGUUUAAAAUCGGCUUUAUUCAAUAUAGUAUUAAAUUUAUACCAAUCAGUAUGUUUAUUAGAUAAAGAACACAUGCAGGACCGAAUUACUGGUUUUUCAUAUAAAGUUAGUAGCACUGGUGAAUGAUCAGAGC